AUGGUUCGUUUUAAAGAUGACCCCUUGAGGGAAAUUUGGGUCCAGAAAGGAAAAAUUUGGGACCCCAAAAAAUCUGCCAAAUUUAUUUCUUAUAAAGACCCGGAUGAGUCGCUAGCAGAUAUGAUAUGGAAAUGUAUGAUUGAAGAAUUUACCAAAGUUUCUAAAGGAGAACAGACAGGAAGCAAAACCGUUACGAGGAAGAAAGCCGAAUAUACGGAGGGAGAAAAGGCAAUUACAGCAACAAUUACUCAUAUGGGAGAAGGAAAAGAUCGCUCGACAGCUGAAGAUAUAGAAAAAUAUUUAGGUGAAAAGAAUGUCAAAUUCCACAACGGGGAAGGCAAAAUGAACUUUCAGGUGCUUGAAGACGCUCGUUGGAAUAUUUUUGUGUUAUCGGAAGAUGCGAUGGAAGAUGAUACCAUGGUAACACAGUAUAGAGCAGCGCUUGAAUGUUCCAUUUCUGAUAACGAAGUACAGGUUAUUCCUGUUCUGGCUGCAGGCACAGAUAUUAAAAAAAUACCGGACCUUAUGAAAUGGACAACACUUUUGAAGGAAGACGAACCAGAAUACUUGAAUAAAUUGUGGAAAGUCAUGAACGAGAAAAGGACUAUGAUGGAGUUAAUACCAUCAGGAAAAAUAUACGAGGGAUUUGCAUAUGCUUAUCUUAUAAACUAUUUGCCAUAUAACCUUACAUAUAAGACACCAGAGGGCAGAGAUUUUACACAACGCUUCAUUGAUGCAAAGGAAAAAUAUCAGAUAAAGGAGCCAUGUGUAAACAAGGUUUAUGUUAUCGUUCCCAAGUCAUGUUCCUUUCCUAAACCUGGAAGUAAGAUAACAAAUGAGGAACAUAUUGGUGCUUUGGAACCGAUUGUUGAUGGUUUCAGACAAUAUUUUUUACAAUUGUACAGAUUGACCAUGUCAAAUGGACAAAAAGUAUGUUAUGCCAGGGAGUAUGCCACACCCGCCAUUGCUCUCCAUGAUAUGGCUCAGCUGCCAUUUGCUGGUGUGAGUAAAGAAGCAAUGAACGAGCAAGCCAAGAUGUUUGCAGAAUUUUCAGAAGAAAUUAUGAAGAACAAGAUAUUUAAUGAUACGAUAGGAGAUGUGCGGGACAAAUGUGAAAUGGUUUAUUUCGAUGAUGAAUUAACCGGAAUGGACGGUGUAAUAGAUGUCCUUGAAGAAAGAUUAAAGAAAUGUUUGGACACUGGUAGCUACGUCUGAAAACAUAAUGGUAGUGAAUUUUAAGUAGAGUAUUAAUAUAAAUAAUAAUUUUGAGAUGUGUUUAAAGGAACAAGAGUUGUUUUGAUGGAUGUAUUUGAUAUGAUAUACAUGUGUAUUAUGUUUAUCCACGAAACUAAUACUGGUACUUAAGAGGGGCUUAUUUUCUAUAACUUAAAACAUUAAAAUGAAAUACGUGUAAAUUAUGAUAGAAAAAUGUAUGUUUUGAUGCUAUGUCCGGAAAGAGAAAUGACUGUUUGAACUAUAAUUAUAGAGGGAACAGUGGAUCAAGCUUUUUUUUUUAUUUUUAUGUACACGCGAUGAAAGUAUUGUGUUGUGAAAUUGUGUAGUUGUUUAAUGAAAUAUAAAAAUGUGUACUAACAUUUCACUUACUUUGUUUAGAUAAACGAUAUACAUUCCUACGAACAUGUUUGUUUAAAAGUUGUUCUAAGUUUAAAAAUUGAUUUGCUUAGAUCAUUUUGCUAAAUGUUGUAAACAAACUUGCAAUAAUGUCCAGCUGAAUGAGACCAAUAUAUCACCAACUGUUCUCAGGGGUCACUGGUAUACUAAGAUGUCAAAAGCAAAUAAUGAAUUAAAUUAUACUUGUCUAGGCAGCAAAUGCGCCAUGGAUAUUGAGAUUACUAAGAAAUAUAGCACCAAUGUUAAGCUAAAAUAUUCUGUAUGUUGCUACUAAAAUCAAAACUGUAGGUUAAAUCUCAAAAUGUCCUUUGAGAUCGAAAGUAAGAAAGUAGAAAUUAGUGAAAUCGUUCUUGUCCGGGUUGUAAGCUGGCCACAGAUUUGUGGAUUCAUGAAACAUUUGAGACAAAUGCUUAUUUCAAUGUAGUUCGAUGGCGCACUAAAGAAUCAGAAUCAAGGUCAAUGUCGAAGUUUGGGAUCAAAGGUUAAAAACGAGAAGAAUUCUGGUUGUCCUUACUUGUCAUGAAUUGUCAGAUUCUCAGUUUACAUGACACAAGGUCGGUCUCGAAGUGUCUCGCACAAAAACAAAAAUGGAAGGUCAAAGGUCAAGGUUAUAUUUAGGGAUCAGUAUUGAAAGAAAGUGAAAUUCUGGUUGUCUGAGCUGUAACUUCAUGGAUUGAUGAUUUCGCAAAUAAUAGGGAAUAUGUAAAGUUAAAUGAACCGGCGUGUACAAUAAAUAUUAUAUAGCCCAAAGGUAAAGGUCAUACUUCAGGUUAAAGGUAAAACUUAUAAAAGAAAUUGGCUUGUCUUGGCUAUAGUUUUGCAAUUAAUUGUUGCAUUCUUAAAAUAAAGAAAGAAAAGAAACAUAGCACAAAUGUCAACAUCAAUAAGGCAGUAUGUCGCACUCAGUCAAGAACACAAGAGUUAGUUUCAUGUUCUGUUUUACGGGCAUACCAGACCAUGUUUCACGGACUUUAUCCACGUUAUGAUGCGCUAUCUGUCCGAGUCGCAAUAAAUGACUAAAAGUUAAAUAUAUCUUAUGAAAUUUGUCAUUUAAAUUUAGUCCCAGUAAUAUCACAAGUUUUACACGAUGUCCUUUUUGGGUCAGAUAAAAUGUAGUCUGUUUACAUUCUAACUAAAGUUUUGUGUCGCCCAUUUUUGUUUCAUUAAACCCCUGUCACACUAGGACGGCGUUCUCACGGCGUCCAAAGAAAAUUCAGAACGCCGAGGUGAGCGCAGUAAGAUCGCAAACAUCGCCACAGCAUCGCCGUAGCAUCGUAGUGGCAUCGCAAAAAACGCCGACCAACGGCGCGCAUUUUGAACAUGCUCAAAACAAACGCCGUCGUUCGGCGUUCUAAAAUGAGCGCAGUAGCAUCGCAGUAAGGACGCCGUAGCAACUCAGUAGCAUCUCCUACAACGCAACAGGAGCGCUGCGAAAGCGCAAAAGGAACGCCGAAUGAACGCCGUGGUUAUCCACGGCGCUUGUACGGAGACUGUGCGACGUCUUUACCGCGCUUAAACUGCGUGUGUACGGCGCUUUCACGGAGCUUUACGAUUUCAACGCAGUGUGAGCGCCGCGAGAGCGUCGUAUGAGCGCCGUAAAUGCGCAGUGAAAGUGCAAAGAACGUCAUAGAAGCGCAGUCCGAACGUAGACAAUCGCCAACUAAAACGCCAUCGAAGCUCCGUAGCAUCGCCAUGAUCGCCGUGAGCACGCCGUGAAGACAUCAACAAUAUUACAUUUUUUAUUGCGACCUCGCGGCGCUUUGUUAAAUUUAACAACGCCGUGCGAACGCAGUGAAAUCGCAUUCUAGUGUGACAGGGCCUUUAGAUAAAGUAGAGACGUAAGGAAAUCAUAUCAACAUUUAUGGGUUGGUUAAUCCCUGUGUUAUGUGUGUAUAUCACAUGAAAUAUGUGAUAAUACUCCAAAAAUACAUAAUGGAUGAAUAUUUUUGUUUCGUAUUUUAUAUAAAUUGAAUAUAUGCCUGCGUUUAUGAUAUACAUGUAUAUUGUUUUGUUUUUAUUCUUGAAUGCAUAUUGUUAUUGUUUUGUUAUUUGAGGGUGAUAUUGUUAUUAAAACUCUUCAUUAAUAUUUUUUUAGAAAGUCGUCAUUUUAUUUCAUUUUAUUGUUACUACAUACUGUGGCUUAAGAUUAUUUGUGAAAGUCGGUAUUUCGUCAACCAUAUCUCGUAUGACUUUGGCCAACAUCACGCAUUUCCGUAGCAAAAUUGCAUAAGUAAGAUCUAUAAUUUGACACAUGUUUUUGGACCUGGUCGUAGCGACAAUAAUUCAAUAUUACAAGGCACGAACAUUUCCGAAAUAUGUCGGUUUUUCCACGAAUGAUUUCUGAAUUAUUUUACUCAAAUAUAUCUUCAGAAUUUUAAUAAUUUGCUUAUUCACUUCGUACGUGAUAUGGAAAGUUAUGAAAUAUGUCGAUUUUUCACAACGUAAUGAUUUUUAUAUUAACUUUAUUCUUUAUUAAGCUCAAUCCGUUGCCUGGCAACUGAAGUAGCUUUAUCAUUUAAAUACAAUAAAGAAAUAUUAUUUAUGUAUCAUAGUAUGCGUGCUCUUUUGAUGUUAAAUGAUACCACACUAAAUAAUGUUAAUACGUUAAAUAGACUUUUCCAUGCAUCAAUCUGGACAAAAACACUCGACAUUUUAGAUUAAAAGUUUGAAAUAUACAGUGGUGUAAAGGCGAACAAUGCAGACCAUUCUCAGAAGGUGCUGAUGUACCGGAUGAUCUUGGUUUGUACUGGUCACACGGUCAUCAGUAUGAAAAAGGGUUGAAUACUGUGAUUUUUGCAGAUUUAUUGAUGUUUGGUCAAAAUUGAAUUUACUGUCUGCUAUUGAAAACAAAAUAAAUGAUAUUUAAAACGUUCAACGUCAAGUGAGAUACCUUAUAGGAGAUGGAUUUGAAUGUACGAUUGUAGAUAGUAAUUUGCCUAAAUGAAACUAAGACAUAUCACUUGUCAUUCUGGGAUAAAGAAAUUCAUAAAUUUAACUAUAGUUGAUCAUGCGACUGCAAUAAUUACAUUUAUUAUUGUAUCUUUUUAAGUUAUUAUGUUGCUCCGGUCGGUCGUCUGCUUGCUUUAAUUUGAUGCAAUAGUGCAGCAUCUUGUAGAUCUUUUAUCAAAUUAAAUAACAAUAACUACCUAACACAAUAUUGAUGAUUUCGUAUUCACUAAGUUCAUUUGUAUUUUCUAGUUUUGUAGUUAGCUAACAUAUUAAUCGAACUUUGAAAUCCUUUAUUAUUAUAUCUGUUUUUGAAAAAAUAUAUAGGACAAAUAGAAAAAAAAAUUGAAUAUCAAUAUAUGUUUCGCUUCAUUAGCUUCGAUACAAAAUAUGAAAAAUAAUAGGAACAAUUAAUACACGUUGCUCUUUUUAUGAAAUGUACUCGAUUUAUAUUAAUCAGUGUAUUCGUGUUUUUUUUGUAAAAUCAUCUGUGUGCGCACAUUCUGAUUGGGCGCCAGAAAAUAAUGGCUUACAAUUAAUUGCUGUUUUGCUCUUUUUAUUUUUUUUAUUUGUGAUAACGUUAUUAUUUUUACAAUAAAUUUGAGCCGCGCCAUAGCAAAAAUAACAUAAUGGGUUUGCGACCAGCAUAGAUCCAGACCAGCCUGUGCCUCCGCAGGAUCCAUGCUGUUCGCUAUCAGUUUCUCUACUUGUAAUAGGGUUUUCCAAGCGAACAGCAUGGAUCCUGAUCAGACUGCGCGGAUGCGCAGGCUGCUGCGCUGGAUCCAUGCUGGUCGUAAACCCAUUAUGUUGAUUUUGUCAUGACGCGGCUCAUUUGUGUAUAAAUGGCAAAUUAUUAAAUUAAUCACGGGAUAAUGCGUUUGUGAAUGAGCAUUACGAUGGCUACGACCAUGUUUCCUCGUUGUUUGUAUUGUAAUGAUUGUUAUAUAAAACAAUAAUUGAUUAAAUAAAUUGAAGAUAAUCCCAG